AUGGCUAACCAACAUUCGCUAAUGAAUGCUCCACAGUGCUGCAAAACUUCUAGGGUGGGUGAGGAACGUUUCUGCAAUUUUGCAUUAAAAGUAACGCUGUGUCAAGUCAAGGUCCAGGAAAUCAAGAAAAUAGGCCAAGCUGACAUCAUUACGAUAUGCAGUGUUGCAACAGAUGUAAAUGCUGCUGUUUUUGAGUUUUUGUGCAUCGCAUUGAAGCUACCAUUAUGCAGAUUCACAGGUGUUUACAAUGAUGCAUGGAUACCCUUUAGAACGUUGCUCCAGCAGAUUUGUCACUAUUCAAAAGCUGAUCUUAUUCAAUAUUUAUUUGGUAAAUAUGACGCUUUCUUUGUCAAUGAGAAUGACUUUCACGAAGUUUUAUUUUUGGAAAAUGACGCAAUUCUGUGCCAAUCAGAAAACCAACAAAGGAGCAACACAUACAAAGUUGUUAUGGAAUAUGAAAUGUCGACGAUAGAUAAAAUCUCACGAAACACGAAAAGUUGCAAUUUAAACAAAGAAAUGAAAUCAUACCUAACUGCGUGUUCAAAGUAUUCUGAGAAAAAAUUUAUUACGAAAUUGUCAGCGUUCCAGUCAUGGUUUUUGGAGAGUGUUCGAGAGAAUAUUUGUUGUAAUGUUAAUGAAUUGCGACAGCUUUGCAGUAUCAGCACAAAACUUUACUUGAUGAAGUUGCAAAAUAUUUUAAAAAAUGAAGAAUUAAGAAUACAACAGAAAGAUUUCAGUUUGCUGUUUUUAAAUCAAAGUUUUCACAGAUCAUUGUUUUUGAUUUGUGUGGCAGUUACCGUAAAUGACAAAGCUGAUCAAAAUUUUAGUUUAUCUUGGCUUGCUAGCUCUUUAGAUGUAAAAUUUGUCGAUGUACAUGCGAUUCUUGAAACGUUCAUACUUCACCAGCCAUACCUACCCAAGCAAGUUACAAAGUUCCUGAUGGGAUAUGAAUUACAGCUCCUAACAGAAUAUAUAUGGAACGAGGAUGAUGUGUAUGAAUAUUUUAAGUUCAACAAAGUUCAAAAUAAUUUCCAUCGGAACGUAGAUUUUCUAUCACAUUCGUUUAAUGAGAACACAUAUAGCGUUCGAGCAAAAUAUUUCGUUUUGAGACUUCCUGUACACAUGGCCAUGUUUGGAACAUGCUAUAUUUUAUAAAAACAAAUUCACUAAAGGAAGAAACCUUGACCAGCUAAUGCUGUGCGCUGUCUAUGCUAUUGCGAAAGUUAUCGAUAAAGAGGUCCAAUUUCGACAUCUGAUUGAGUGUUAUAAAAGCUUAAAGCUCGGACCAGAUAUGGUUAGUGAAAUAAUGAUAAAUACAAUAUUUAGGACGAGGAGUGGUAGUAAAAGCAGCCGACGCGAACAGCGAUGCUAGAAAAUUUGUAAAUCUGAACAGGAAAGAUAAACAACAAUUUUUUUGAUCAAUAAAUGGCAUUGAAGGGAUUCCAUAUAUAUGAUUAUUUUUAUAAGCAUUAAUAUAAAGGUUAAACUCCCUUUUACAAUCUUUUUUAGAUUUUCAAACGUGUUUUUAUCAGCGGCCGACAUUAUGAUACAAUCAUCACUUUCUACAACGCGCUUUUUAUGCCGAUGUUGAAAGAAUUUGUAUUACAGUUUGGUUUGUACUUAAAGGAUGAGUGUGCUGUUAAUAGCUCGGCUGCCAUC